ACAGCACUGCCUGACCCCAGAUUGUUUGGAAGGAGGGCUCUCUCUCUCUCUUUCUCAUUCCAAGAGGGGUGUUAACAAAUUACAUGCAGACUUUUCCUAGAGAGUAACUUUUCCUGUCCAGUCUAAGAAGAGAAAGCUGGGAGAACUGAGUUCUCAGUCUGCUGGGUUUUUUUUUUCAGGCUGUUGGAUCUUAAUGGGCUAAUAUUGCCUCUGUGGAUUUGUUAGCCGGGAUGGCAUACCCAGGGAAAUCUCGUUUGAGGAGAUCCUUCAGUGAGCAUAUCAAGGACUCAACCAACAAAGCAUGGGAUGUGUUCUGGAAAAGCGUGAGAGAAAAACGCUUAUCAGAAAUUGAAGCCAAAGAAGCCUGUGACUGGCUGAGGGCUACUGGUUUCCCCCAAUAUGCUCAGUUAUUUGAAGACAUGCAGUUUCCUAUCGACAUCAAAACUGUGAGGAAAGAUCAUGAAUUUUUAGAUCGAGAUGCUAUUGAUUCUCUGUACAGACGGUUAAAUACACUGAACAAGUGUGCAGCAAUGAAAGUGGAAAUAAGUCGUCAGAGAAAACGGAGUGAUGAAUCCGAAGAUGAUGAACCUUGUGCAAUAAGUAACAAAUGGGCUUAUGAGAGGUGCAGUCAGAGAUGGUCUCGCCUGGAGAGCAUAGAAGGUUUCCCUGAAAAAGGGUCAAGUGCAUCAGUCCCAGACAGUCCAAGACUUAAGAGCACUGGUAGUGAGGAGAUAUCCUUUUCAGACCAAGGAGAGAAGCAUGAUGUGUCUUCAAUUCACAGUACUAGCAGUGGGGACAGUGACAUUAUCAGCUUCCCUAAGACUUUUGAGGAUGUUGAGACCAGCACUAGUUCCUCAAGGUGUUCCUCAAGUAAACUGGCCUCUCCUGACUCUACUUUUAGUUGUUCUCCUUCCCCUAGUGAGUUCUUAAACAUCAUCAGCGAGGAGAAGCUUUUGGAUAAACCACCACCAAAAAAGGAGAAGAGCUUUCUAAAGAAAAUGGAGAAACUGCGCAUAAGGAGUUCCAGUGUAAAGAGAGCUGCUCAGUCAAAGGCCAAACCCAUUAUUGGUGAACCUGUUCUUCAGGAGGGACUGAAUGAAGAGAAGCUGAAGAACCUUAAUUGUGUAGAUAUUAGUGACCUAUCUGACAGCCAGAUGAAAAAAAAUUCUUCCUAUUCUCCCCACACUUGCAGCAGCAGCAGCCAGUCUGAAACCAGCAGCACAGUGAGCACUCCGAGUCCUGUUAUCAAAGUCAGGAGUUAUGCUAAACGGGGAGGCGUGUAUGCAGAGGACUCAGACUCCAGCAAGCUCUCUCUGUGGAAUGAUGUAUCUGAGCAAAACUUCAAAAAUGAAAUCAAUUUGCAUGCAAACCAAAUGUUUCAUGUACCACAAGGGCAUAAGCCUGGGACUUUCCCCAAAGCACUUACAAACAGUUUCUUAUCUCCAACAGACAACACUUCUGUGAACUGGAGAACUGGAAGCUUUCAUGGAUGCAGGCGGAACAGAAUUAGAACUAGUUCUAAGGAGUCUGAGACCCCUCUGAGUCCUCUGUCGUUUAUAGAUAACAGGCUGAGUAUCUAUGACAAUGUGCCCAGCAUUCCUGUUCAUCUUAAUAACAUGGAGAUGCCGGAAGUUAGUGACGACGAUGUUUUUUCAGAACUAGACAAUGUUAUGGAACAUGUCAAUGGGCUCAGAAAAUUAGUCAAUCAGUGGACUGAGAAGUUCUCAGAUGAUGGAGACUCUGAUUUUGCGAACGACUCAACUUCUCCGUGUCCAUCUUCCCCGAAAGAAAUCCACCUUGAGAUAAAAAAGCAUUCAGAAGAGAAACUGGCAGAUCUACCAGCUGCUGAUGGAAAACAGAACUUCAAGCAUGGCAAUGAGCUUGAUUCUCCAGAACUGGCAUACAUAACAGAUUCAGAGAUGGGAUCAUCAUUAUCACAUUCCAACAGACAUGAGAGGCGACACUGGUCUACAGAGGAGACAGUAAACUUGGAAAGCCUUUCUGUACAAAUAGAUAACCAGUCAGCAGCCCACCUAAACCGAAUACAGAAACUUGCUUUGUUGAAACUCACUGCUUUAAUGGACAAAUACUCUCCUUCCAGUAAACAGGGCUGGAACUGGACUGUUCCAAAGUUCAUUAGAAAAAUCAAAGCCCCUGACUAUAAGGACAAAAAUGUAUUUGGGGUCCCAUUACUGCUAAAUGUUCAGCGAACAAGCUAUCCGCUUCCAAAGAGCAUUAUCCAGGCCAUGGAGUACUUAAGAAGCCACUUUCUUGACCAGGUUGGCCUGUUCAGAAAAUCAGGCGUUAAAUCUAGGAUCCUUUCUUUAAGGGAAAUGAAUGAAAAUGACCCAAACAAUGUAACUUAUGAAGGGCAGUCGGCGUUUGAUGUGGCAGAUAUGGUAAAGCAGUAUUUCCGAGAUCUUCCUGAGCCUAUAUUCACUAGCAAGCUUUGUGAAUCCUUCCUCCACAUCUAUCAGUAUUUGCCAAAGGAUCAACAGUUUCAUGCAGUCCAGGCUGCCAUUCUUCUGCUCCCAGACGAAAACCGGGAAGCUCUGAAAAUCCUUCUCUUCUUUCUCCGAGAAGUAGUUGCUUUUGUUGAGGAAAACCAGAUGACUCCGACCAACAUUGCAGUCUGUCUCGCGCCAUCCUUGUUUCAUCUCAAUACUUUAAGGUCCAGCCAGAGGAAGUACAGCCUGGGAAAACCAGACCAGAGAGAUUUGAGCGAAAAUCUGGCGGCCACCCAAGGCCUGGCCCACAUGAUAAUGGAGUGCAACAGACUCUUCCAGAUGCCCGACUAUUGCCUGGAUCAGUGUUGUGAUGACUUAUAUGAACAGAAUGGCUUGAGUGAAAGGGCUUCUAAUCAGACCGCCUCAAUGAGGCACUCCAUGCUGAUUUCCCUUGAGAACUCCAUGCAGGACUUGCUGCGAGAUGCCAAGGAAAAGUUCAAGAGCUGGGUUACUUGUUCAAACUUGGAACGUGUGGAAUUGGCAAAUAAAAAGGUGGAAGAUAACUACCAUGUCCGCUUAUGGAAGGCAUCCACUGAAAUCGAUGCCACUUCUAAAGUAAUCCUCCAACGCAUACUGACAGAGCAGCAUCUGUGGGACCCAAGUCUGCAGCAGGCUAAAAUCCUAGAGACCUGGGAUGAUGAAACAGAUGUUUAUCACUAUACAAGAGAAAGCAUGUCACCCCUCCUGCCACGGGAGUAUGUGGUUUUGAGGACUUGGAGGACUGAUCCCCAGAGUGGCACCUGUAUUUUGGCAGCUACCUCAGUUGACAGUGAAGGAGCUACUCUGCAUGGGAUUUUGGCCCAUGUCCUUUUGUGUCAGUAUCUCAUAGAACCAGUUGGCUCCCAGAAAUCCAAAGUGACUCACGUCUGCCGGACAGACACAAGGGGACGAACAACAGAAUGGUACAACAGGGUUUUUGGUCAUAUGUGUGCUGCAGAACUGAUGAGGAUAAAAGACUCCUUCAAACCUCUCAGUAAUGACACAAAGGAAACGAAAAUCUAAAGCACCUGGUUCUAAACAGAGGCUGGUGCUGAGGAAUGAACUGCUCCUCUGCUAUCAUUUUAAAAGCUACAGACUCAAGAGACUUGCCUAUAUUUUAAAACUAAUAAACCAAGAAGUAAUUUGUAAUGGCAUAUAAAUGUAAUGUAAAAUAGUAAUUUUAUAAAGCUGCUCCCCCCCUCCCCCCGCCCAGUUUCAGGAAGCUGUUCUUGAACUGGCUGCACAGGUAGCUAAAAGGUCAAAUGUGUAUAUAUACAAAGUUAUAAAAUGCAAUUGUUACAUCCAGGAAAGACAAAAUAUGCUGGUUCAAAAUUAUAGUUAUAAAGUAAAUUAUUAAACUAAGAACAUGGUAUUUUUCCAAAUACGCAUUAAGUAUUUUAUAAGAUGUAGACUUUUAUGCAUUGUAGAGCAUUAUGUCUCUUGAAAUUUCUUUUUAUUGAAUAAGGUGGUGGUGAUGUGAAGUUAAUUUUAACCUCUUUACAGUUGAAAAUAGGGCUGAAAACCUAUGCCUUUUACUAGAGGCAGCUAAAUACUUUAGCAUAUGCUGUUAACUCUUCAUACUUCCUUUUUACAUAAUAGGAAACCAAAUCUGGCGCGGGUGGUUGUUUAAUGUUAUGGGUAGAGUUCUGCAUUUGAGAGCGUUGCCUUCUUUCCCCAUGUUGAAGCUUUAGGAAUACAUUUCAAUUGUUAGCUAAAGGCCAUAAGCCAAGCUAAAUUCUCAGCAGAAAUUAUGUGACUGGCCUAGCAGAAACUGGUUUUUUAAAGUAACCUUCAACUUAAGUCACUUGAGCUCAAUCAUAAGCAUUGUGCUUGUUUACUGAACUGCAAUCAUGGUUAAACAUUCCUUUUGUACAUUUAAUAAGCUGCUCAUCAUGAAAGCCAAAAAGUGUGUGUACACAGAUAAUUAAGGUGGUACUCCUAGGGUUAAAUCUUUUAUUCAGCUGUGGAGUGGGGGUUGAGUCUUUUGUUAGUUGUUCCUGUGAAACUAACUUGCCCUGGAUUUAUGAUGUCUUGGAACUUAUUCGCAGUUGCAUUUGUGAUUAAAGAGUUGCUUAGGUAUAUGCCAUGCAAUGUUACAUCCUUACACACGGAGGGUGGUGUGAAUGUUAUCAGUGUCUUACCAACACCUAGUAGAAGUUCUGAAUCACUACUAGCUUUCUUAGUGCUAGAUAAGAGCUGGGAUAUCUGGACAGUAGGCAAAUCAGUCAGUGGCUCUGAGCCAGUGUGGUUGACCAUAACUAGAGCAGUAAAGCACAGGUAGGAAGUGAAGAGACAGUCAAAUGGAAGAGUCCCAUUCAAUUACAUCACAUAAGGGCUGACAGCUAAAAAGUAACUGCUUGUAUCUAAAUGCUGUAAAUGUAAAUACUAAGCUAAGAUGAACUUAUGUCUGGUAUUAAAUGAGGAUAGUGAUAGAUUAGACAUCAAAGAAACUUGGUGGAAGGAUGACAAUCAAUAGGUCACAGUAAUAUGAGGGUACAAAAUAUAUAGGAAUGAGAGCCUAAGUAUGGUGCGGGCAAACUACAGCCUGCGGGGUGGAUCCGGCCUGGGGCAUUGCCCGCGAUGGUGCUGCUCUCAGAAGUGGCUGGCACCAAGUCCCUGCGGGAGCAGUAGAGGGCUCAGUGUGUUGCCCUUGCCUCCAAGCAUUGCCCCCUGCAGCUCCCAUUGGCUGGGAAUAGGGAACUGUGACCAAUGAGAGCUUCCUGGAGGCAUGGCAAGGGCAGUGGGCGGAGCUCUGUGGCCCCCACCCCCAGAGGCUGUGGUUCUGGCUGCUUCCUCGCGUGGGGCCAGGGCAGGCAUCCAGGGCAUGCUGCUGCCACCCCGGAGCCACUUUAGGUAAGUGGCGCCGGGCCGGAGCCCGAACCCCUCCUGCACUCCCAACUCCCUGCCCUGAGCCCCCACACCUGUCCUACACCCCAACCUCCUCAUAUUCCCCUCCUCUGCCCCAACCCCCUGCCCUGGCCCUGCAUACAAUUUUCCCACCCAGAUGUGGCCCUUGGCCCAAAACAUUUGCCCACCCCUGGACUAAGUAGUGCUGAUGGAUGGGGGCCUAGUGGUGGUGCAUGUGCAAGAAAGCAUAGAGGCAAAUACAAUAAAAAUCUUAAAUGAAGCAAACUGUAACAGGGAUAGAAAUUCUAUGCUUCAAUAAUAAUAUAUUCCUAUUGCUAUAAUCUUACUUCCUACCUGACCAAGAUGGUGAUUGUGAAAUGCUCUGGGGGAGAGUUUAUAAAAAUAGAAAACUGAGUAAUAAUGGAAGACUUCAACUGUCCCCACGUUGACUGGAUACAGGUCAAAGACCCAGUUUUCUGACACCACAAAUGACUGCUUCCUUGAGCAGCUAGUUCUGGAACCCAGAAGGGGAGAGGCAAGUGUUGAUUUAGUCCUAAAUUGAGCACAUGCUUUGGUCAAAGAGGUGAAAGGUUUGCUGAGAGCAACCAUAAUAUAAAUUUAACAAUGUUGGGGGAGACACACAAAGAAGCCCACCACAGUAGCAUUUAACUUUAGAAAAGGGAAUUACAUAAAAAAUAAGGAAGCUAGUUAAAUGGAAAUUAAAAGGUACAGCCACAAAAGUGAAUUGUGUGCAAGGGACAUGGAAACUUUUUUAAAACACCAUACGUGUGGCACCAAACUCAGAAAAAACAGUAAGAGGACCAACAAAAUAAAAGUGAUAAAAAGCAAAAAGGCACCCUUUAAAAAUUGGAAGUCAAAUCCUGCUGAGAACAGAAAGGAACCUAAACUUUUUUUGCUGUGUGUUUCAAAUUCUUCUUUUGACUGUUAACUUGCCAGAGUUUAAGAACAUCAGAAUCAGGAAGACUGGAGGAGCAAGGCGUUAAAGGAGCACACGAAGAAGAGAAGGCUCUUGUCAAGAAGCUAAGUGACUCCUUUGACUCAGUCUUUACGGAUGUGAGCGAUUGGUGACAAUGCUGAGGAACUGCCCCAGCAUGAAGUGGCAAGAGAGGAGGUUUUCUGGAACAAAGUGAUAAAUUAAACAGUAAUAAGUCAGCAGGCGCAGCAGGCAUUCAGUGAAGAGUUGUGAAGGAACUCAAAUAGGAAAUUGCGAAGGGUGGUAUGUAACCUACUUAAAUCAGCGUCUGUACCAGCUGACUUGAGGCUAGCUAAUGUGACAACCAUUUUUUUUAAAAGGCUGCAGUGGUGAGCCAGGCAAUUACAGGCUGGAAAGACUAACUUCAGUACCAGGCAAACU